AUGCAAUCAACUACUUAUCACGACAAUCUUAACAACGACAUAAGCUGCUACUGCGAUGAUAUGAACUGUCGAAAACAAUGCCAAGAUAGUCCAGAAAGUGCUAACUCGGUCUACCCGAUACCUUUCUCGAACUACACCCAUCCAAACGAAUGGCAGCCUCGGUUUCUUGCUGCUGCAUCACCUUAUUCGCCAUAUACGCCCGAAGCCCAUCUUUAUGGAUAUCCGGUAUAUGAAGAAGGAUCUGCACUCGAGUACGGGUCGGGUGAUUGCGAUAACAUUUAUGCUCCAGUGUGCGACUGCGAUCAACACAACCUUCAUUCUUCUAGAGAGUCUCUGUUCGGAGGUGCGAAUGAAUCAGAACUUCCUCACCGCCAUCACCAUGACCAUCAUGAACACCACCACCAGAAUGUCUUCAGACCGGCUUUUUAUGAUCCAUUUGAAAUCAAGCAUCGCAGACGGACAUCACGCUCUCAGUUCAAGAUGCUCGAAAAGACUUUCUCGGAGACUCCCAAACCCAAUGGACCACUUCGUCGCUGGCUUGCUCAGCAACUCUCCAUGACUCCUCGCGGUGUUCAGGUCUGGUUCCAGAACCGCCGUGCAAAGGCUAAGCUUCAGAAACAACAGCAGGACCGUCGACACCACCUGAGAAGUACUAGCCAUGUGUCCAGAGAGCAAAGCAAAACAGAAUCUCACCAUGUGUUCUCACCACCCUAUGCCGUGCCCCUUAAAAGGGAACACAGUGGAGCAUCGCACUUGACUAUUUCAGUAUCUUCAUCCAUCAAUGAUCUCUCGCACUAUUCGCCAUCAAGAGGUUCUCCUGUCGGUGCCGAAGGUCAGGGCUAUCUGCCCUCUCAAUCGGCCUACACUCCACCCCAGAGCUCAAUUGAAAGACCCUUGUCUCUGCAACCCUACAGUGACUGUGCGACAAUCAUUGGUGAUGAUGAUGAAGAAGAUGAUGAGGAAUACAGUGUGCACGGAAAGAAUGGUGAUGGUUUAUUUGAGAAUCAGCAACUAUUGAUGACCCCAUUGACACCCUAUCAGCCAUCUUGCUAUGUUGAUGUCUUUAACACUCAACCACAGCAAGAUUUGGUAGGAGGAGUAGUGUCUUUGUCGACAGUAAUGGAUCAGCCUUUGAUACUAUCAACAUUGUCUGACUCCCAGAAACACAAACACCUUGAUCAACCCCUGGACCUGUCAAGCUUUGAGUAUCCUGUUCAGGAUCAGGAAUUGUUCGGGGAGCAGACUAACCCUUCAGAUCCACUUGUCUACAUCAACAGUCUUUUCAAUGAGACCCAUCUCGGUGAAACUGCCAAAGCCAAUGAAUACUACGGUGCGAAUUCGAUUGAUAGCUGGAUCCAGACCCUUCCAGCCCAAGCAUCUUCUGGUAGUGAUGUCCGUCCCGAUAGUGUGUGGAAUAGUCAAUCAGGAGCAAUGCCAUUUCUCGACACAUCGUUCCAGCCACAGCGCAGUUUUGAUUCCUUGCCAGUCGAGAGACGGCAUUCACAUCCUGUCCACAGCAAGAUUUUUAAUGAAGAAGAGACUCUACGUAGAUUAUCUGAGCCUAUUGUUGACUGGAUCAAUCAUCUUCAACCAUACAAUCCCGUGACAGGCGUCUCUAAUGUCCUUUCCUAA